ACGUUUCUGUCUAAAUCAGGGGCCUUUUGUUUGAUUUGUGUCAGGUCCUGCUGCUGUCGUCGGCGUUCUCCUCCUCCGACUUUUGUCCCGGGUACUUCUAUUUCUUUCAUCUGUGUUUUCUCGAUAUACCAGACACAUGAGAUUCUGCUUGUUCUCUUGGUGUCACCGCGUCCACCUACCUCCGUUUCUCGUGCGGCCUUUCUUGUGUGUCACUUCCAUCCUCCAACGUUGGGGCUAUUCUCUGCCGACCCCGAUAUGUUCCCCCCGCGCUCCCCCUCGCGUUCCCGAUAAUCCAUGUAACGGCCAGGAUUGAACCACGAGAUCUGACGGGUGAGAUGUCUCGAGUUAGUUGAUGGAGUUGGGAGGUUUCAGAGACGGGUACUAGUAACGAGAGUUUCCUGUUUCAGCAGCGGCAUCGCUCAUUCUUCAUACACGGGUAGAGAUCAGUGAAAGGUGGCGUGGUCGGGGCAGUGUCACUGUUGGAGCGGGAUGCUUGAGUUUUGUACAUGGAGGUGGCAAAUGAUGAUGCCUGAAGGGCUGCGCUCCUAAAUCGGUGGUGGCAUCGUUGUCGAGGCUGGUGCGUAGAUUUUUAAAAAGGAAUUUGUGAAUGUUUUUUGAAUAAUUUUUCCGAUUGUGUAAGAGUUUUUGAACUCUAAGCAGACAUACGGACGGAUCUUAGCUGAGUGGCUUGUCGUUUGUGUGAGGCUCUUCUUCUCAUGGCUGUGAACUUAACUGCGAUCGAAGUGUUGGAUAUAUAGGUAUCUUAGAGAGCAGCGUACCCUAGGCUUUGAUUCUUGUGAGUAUCUAGAGGUAUUUUACACCUUGUGUUCUUUACCAUGAAGAAACCGCUGCUGAGCCCAUUGAGGAGCAGGACUUCUAAAUCAACAUUUCGAUUCACUUGCUUUGUUUCCGUGGCCGCACUAAUUGCAGGCUCUCUUUUCUACUUAUUCCUGCUUGCUAAUCCUGCGCUGAGAUCGCAAAUAGGUGCUAUUAGGUUGAAUCGCAGUUUGGCGAUUGCGAACGAGGUCUCUUCCGCUGUUGCCUUCGCGGGCGCAGGCGCUGAAUUUUCUUGUGAUUGUACUUCCGAACUCAACUCCCAGAAUGUUUCGAAGAUGUCUGUCCUCGUUGGCGUGUUCACUAUGGCGUCUAAGGUGGAGAGGAGGAAUCUCCUGAGAUUAGCAUACAGUGUGCAGAGCGCAACAGACGCAGACGUGACGAUACGAUUUGUCAUUGGCAGACCGAGAAAUGAGGAAGAAAAGCUCACAAUUGCUUUGGAGUCCCUCACACACAAGGAUAUCAUUAUCCUCGAUUGUGAGGAGAACAUGAACCAUGGAAAAAGUUUUGCUUACUUCUUCACAGUUGCAGCAAUGGGAGUCCGAUUUGACUACGUCAUGAAGGUCGACGACGAUGCCUACGUCCGUGUAGCCAACCUCGCAAAGUCUCUUGAUCCACUACCCAGGGAUGACCUCUACUAUGGAUACGUCAUUCCAUGCGAGAACAAGGAUCCCUACGCCUGGUACAUGGCAGGCAUGGGCUAUCUCAUCUCGUGGGACCUAGUGCAAUGGGUGCACGACUCCCCGACCGUUCGUAACAACACCAACGGCACGGAGGAUAAACUCGUGGGAGACUGGUUGAAGAGCGCAGGGAAGGCCAAAAACCGCGUGAGCAAGAAGCCCUUCUUCUACGACCACCCAGAAUUUGGUGGCAAGUGUGCGCAUGAUCUCAUCCCCGAGACUAUUCUGAUACAUCAAGUGAAAACCCCCGCGAGGUGGCAGCAAGUUCUGAAGUUCUUCGAGCAUGACCGCGUUGAGGCCUUGGCUGCACCAUCAGCACCCAUAGCUAGCAUGUCAUCUUCUAUAUAGGACCUGAGUUGGUUUGGCUAAAACCCCGCCAUCGGACGAAGUUCCUUUGUUUAUCGAGUAUCUGAACCUGCGAGGGGUCACUCUACAGUGCCCCCAUUUAUAGUAUUCUUUGUUAUAUUCCUUCCUUCCCUCCCUUCUUUUAUUAAAUUUUGAUAAUUUGCGGCA